AUGAAGUCGAGUCAGGGAGAGAAAAUACCUCAAACUAAAGGAGAAAUUGUUGAAAUUCACUCGAGUGGGAGUGAAACGACGGAGAGUCUGUGCUCCCUCUGCGAACGUGAGCUGUCAAAGGCUGCUGAGGACAAAGAAGAAAGGAACAAUGAAGAUCCCGAGGAUAUCCUUGACGAUUUGCUGGAGGCUUCGAGGUCCUUGUCGCAGAUCAGCGUUCAGGACGAUGAAAUUGACUUCGAAAUUGAUCAGGAGACACUGUUCGACCUGGAGAAUGCAGCGAAGUUGAGUGAGAACAAGGAUUCGAGAGGAAGUUCUGAGGAGUUGGUGACUCCUGAUCAGAUCAAGGAGUAUUCUCUGGGGAAUCACAAUGGCCUUGGAGAUUUGAGGGUCGAGGAUCUAUCGAGCGACGAGUCCGACUUCUUCCUGAGGAUUUCCUCCCUUCGGCAAGAUGCUCUUCCUCAACAGCCAGGAGGAUGGACAGCUCCAGGAGAGCCUCAGGUCUCGAAAGAUGAUGGAGAACCCGCACAGAAACGGGUGAAGCUGACUGGGGGGGUUUCUUCUGGAAAAUCUCAGGAAGCUGAUGGCAAUCUCGAUGACUGGGGCACGGACUUCCCUCCAGAGGUGGAAUUACAGAAGAUUGACGACUCGGUUAGAGCGUUGACCCAGCAGAAUCUUGAGGGACCGUUGGAGAAGAGUGAGGAAGAGCCUUUCAAACUUUCUGAAAUCGACUACAAGGGGAUCACGGAGAAGCUGAUUAGCAGGAAGAGGGAGUUCCAGGAUUUGAUUGAUAAUGUCUACGAAGCGAGCUGCUAUCUGGGCAGAAUUAAGGAGAUCCUGGCAGCAGCUCCUGCGUCAGGUCCAGUGGUGAUUCCCCCUCCACCAAAGCCCAGUGGAUACGACCAGCAAUUCGAUUUUCCUGAUCGUAGCAGAUUCCCAAAAUUGCCGAUUACGAUUGAGUCUUGUGGGGGGUCUAGGGGCCAUGAGUUCAGGGAGAACAGCUUCCCAAAACCACAAUUGAAUGCUUUAUCUAAUCCGGGAAAAUCCGGGAAAUCAGCUCCCAGAAAAGGAUUCAUCAACUCUGUCACAGCGUUGAAGCCCUCAUCAGCAAAAUCCAUAAACAACAGAAUUGAAAUCGCCCUGCCCAACAGAUUCAAGAAGCAGCAGACGAUCAAGGAUAUGUUCUCAACUGGAAAUAAGGAGAAUAAAAAAGGAUCUGGGGGGUCAGGAGAGACGAACAAGAGCUUUGAGAAGGAUACCAUCAGUGACAGUGGAUCCAUGUACAACUUUAAUCCACUCGUUCGUGCGAGGAAGCCAGCGAAAUAAUUCCAUAGCUCAAAUUUCAAUUCUUCAUUAUUAUUCAGUCAUUAUUUCGUUUACUUUAGUUUUUAUUUCUCCAUGGAAAACUA